AUGAGCGACGCCCUCCCACUUCGAAUUCUGGCAGGCGCGACCAUCCCGGAUACGCCGCUUGUAGCUGCCGCCAUUGACUACGCUCGCAAAUACAGCAACAAUCCCACAUACAAUAACGUGCUCCGAUCUUUACUCUUAGGCUUCAUCAUUGCGGACAAGGUACUGCCCGAUCGCGACCGUGAGGUCCACGCUGUUGCCGCUAUCCUGCAUGAUCUGGGCUUUCCAAUCGGUCAUCCGCCAGACUCGCCACUUUUGUCCAAGGACAAGCGCUUUGAGGUCGAUGGAGCUAAUGCUGCCCGCGAGUUCCUGAAGAGAGAGGCAGACUCGGCGGCAUGGGACAAGCACCGGGUACAGCUGGUUUGGGAUGCGAUCGCCUUGCAUACGAUUGGUAGUGUUGUUUUUGAGAAAGAGCCCGAGUGUCAGGCGUGUAGCUUCGGGAUUUGGGCGGACUUUCAGGGCCCGGACCGCGUUGCUGGCGGCUUGCUGACUUGGGACGAAUACAAUGCUGUGGUCAAGGAGUAUCCCCGUCUGGGUCUGAUGAAGGACUUGAAGGAGCAGAUGUGUACGCUGUGCGUCACCAAGCCAGACACGACUUACGAUAAUACUGGCGAUCGCUAUGUCAAAGACUACAGUCGCAAGGGCAAGCUGACCCAAGAUCUUCUCGAGACCUGCAACUUGGACGAUAUCCAGCCGAAGUAG